UUUUUUUUUUUUUUUUUUUUUAGUUAGAGAAAGAGCGUGUCCAAGUGGGGGAAGGACAGAGAGAAUCCAACGCAGGCUCUGUACUGUCAGCAUGGAGCCUGAUGCGGGGCCUGAACUCAUGAACUGUGACAUGACCCGAGCAGAAGUCUGACACCUAACUGAGCCACCCGGGUGCCCUGAAGUUCCUAAACUUAAGAUUUGAAUCAAUCAGUUAUGAACCCACUGAGGUAUCCUUAGCAUUUUUUGGAACAGUCUGAAAGCCACUGUUAACCUACUAGAAGCCAGUGGCCUAGACCAUUGCAUUCAAUAAUAGGCAGGGUGCUCUAGGCUGGGAAUCUUGGUAGCAACAAAGCACAUCCCCUGUCCUCAGGCUUUUACACGGAAGUAGGCCAGAAGCAGAGGGAGUAAAGCAAUGAUCGUUGGUAGCUGAGUAGUCUCUAAGAGAAAAGGAAGUGAAAAGAAGAAGAAAUGUAAAAAAAAAAAAAAAAAAUGCUGUAGCAGGCAUAAGAAAUUUGGGAAGGGUUUGCAAGGGAUGAGAUUUAGGAUGGGACAUAGAGGGAUGGAAGAAGAAUCAGCCCGUAGAAUUGGGCUGGGGAGGGAAGCCUGUGAGAAAGGCAGAGAGAUGGGGACUCUCUGUGGCCCCCAUCCCAUCUGUGGCCCCAGGCUUCCCAUCAGAGCUGGCAGUGGGGGAGGGAAACGAGGCUGGAAGGCCGGCUGAGGUUGAGGGUGGGAAGCACUCUACUGCAGGUCGAAGUGUCUACAUCCAGUUGCUAACAAUAGGCAGGACUGAAGGUUACCGAGGAAGGGACUGGUAUUAGAUCUUGAGUCAAGAAACUUGAAUCUUGCCAACAGGUACCAAAACCAAGAAAAAUUAGUCCUUUUUCGCCCUAAAUCAGAACUGGCCCCAGGCAAGUAGUUACCGCUAGCUGGACAGAUCGACGUGAGACCAGCGCUGUCCAUGGUAACAGCUUUUGUGUGGCUUAAAGCUUUCAUCCAUUUUUCUCACAACCAAUCCGUGAGGGGUGUCAGCCCUAUUUGGUAGAUGAGAAAAGCUGAGACUGCCUAGGUCAAGGUCAGGAGGGCCUUGAGACGCCAAGCCUUCUCUCCCGUGCCCACGCUGCCCAGAGGCUCGUCAGGCCCCAGAGGCUGGCGGCGCCUCCGGGACUCCCGCGGGGUCUUGGCUCCGCCUCAUAGCCCCUCGCGCUGGAAGCCCCGCCCCCAGGAGGGCCCCGCCACUUCCCCGACGUCCAAUGAGACUUAGCUGGGGGAGGGACUGAACGUCAUUGAGGGCCAAUCUGAUUGGGCCUGGGCGGAGCUGCGGCGGGUGGGAGCUGAGCGCCUGCACCGCGGUCUUCCCAGCCGGGGGAGAGCCCGGCGCGGGCGGCGCGCACGGGGCCCUGCUGUGCGCGCGCCCGCCGCCCGCCGCCCGCCACCCGCGCAGCCCCUCGGCCCACUCCGCCCUUCGGGUCGUGGCGCCCGUCCCUCCCUUGCUCUCCCGUCGGCGCCCGGACAGGGGCUCGGGAGCCGAGCCUAGCCGGGGCAGGGGCGGGAGCCGCGGGACGAGCGCCUGAGGUGCCGUGGAGAAGCCAUGGAGCUGAGCAGCAAGAAGAAGCUGCACGCCCUGUCCCUGGCCGAGAAGAUCCAGGUGCUGGAGCUGCUGGAUGAGUCCAAGAUGUCCCAGUCGGAGGUGGCCCGGCGCUUCCAGGUCUCCCAGCCCCAGAUCUCACGCAUCUGCAAGAAUAAGGAGAAGCUGCUGGCGGACUGGUGCAGCGGCACGGCCAACCGGGAGCGCAAGCGCAAGCGGGAGUCCAAGUACAGCGGGAUUGACGAGGCCCUGCUCUGCUGGUACCACAUCGCCCGGGCCAAGGCCUGGGACGUGACGGGGCCCAUGCUGCUCCACAAAGCCAAGGAGCUGGCCGACAUCAUGGGCCAGGAUUUUGUCCCCAGCAUUGGCUGGCUGGUCCGCUGGAAACGCCGGAACAAUGUGGGCUUCGGGGCCCGGCACGUCCUGGCGCCUCCGUUCCCCCCCGAGCCACCUCCCCCGGGCCCCACGUCCCAGGCCCAGCCUCCUCUUUCUCUCAAAGACUUCUCCCCCGAGGACGUUUUCGGCUGCGCCGAAGUGCCUCUGCUGUACCGGGCAGUGCCCGGCAGAGGGGGCGCGCGCGACCGGGUGCAGGUGCUGCUGUGCGCCAACAGCAGAGGCACCGAGAAGCGGCGCGUGUGGGUCAGCGGGCUCCGGGCCGCGCCAACGUGCCUCUUCGGGGUCAGCGGUGCGGCUCUGCCGGCCUCCUACCACCCCGACCUGGGCGUCCCCUGGUCAGAGUGGCUGGCCCAGUUUGACAGGGACAUGGCGCGGCAAGGCCGACAGGUGACCCUGCUGCUGGCCGCCCGGGUGGCGGAGGGGUUGGCCGGCCGGCCCGGGCUCCGCCACGUGCGGCUCCUGCCUCUGGCCGCCGACGGCAGCACGCCUUCGCUGCCCGGCUCCGUGGUCCGGGCCUUCAGGACCCACUACCGGCACCGCCUGCUGGGCAAGCUGGCUGCCGUCCGGAGCAAGAGGGCCGGCGCCUCGCUGGCCGAGGCCGCGGCGGGCAUCACCGUGCUGGACGCGCUGCACAUGGCGGCGGCCGCCUGGGCCAAGGUGCCCCCCCAGCUCAUCGGGAGCAGCUUCGUCCAGGAAGGGCUGGCUCCCUGCAAGAUGUCCCCGUCCCCAGACCAAGCCUCCGAGAUGCCGCCGGUCCCCGGCGGGCUGAGCCUCGAGGAGUUUUCCCGCUUUGUGGACCUGGAGGGUGAGGAGCCCGCGUCUGGGGGGUGCAAGGAGGAGACGGGCACUGAGGACGAGGCGGGGGCCGGAGAGGACGGCCUCGGGCCCCUGCCCACCAAAGCCGACGCCCUCCGGGCACUGGGCACGCUGAGGAGGUGGCUGGAGUGCAACGGCACCUCCCCUGAGCUCUUUGAAAAAUUCUACGCCUGCGAGGAGGAGGUGGAGCGUCUCUGCGGCUCGUGAGGGGCCCCCCUUGCUGCUGGCCGGGCCCCCCCCCCCCGUUUCCCAUGGAAACGCCCUCGCUAGGAAGGCGGGCUGGAGGCUGGGCUCUUUCCCGCGGAAAUGGAGCUUCGGGAAAGGUGUGGAAGGGAGACAAGCGGGGAGACCGAGUCGAAGCCCCGAGAGAAGGUCGCCCCAGCCUCCAGAAGAGGGUUCUGAAGAUGGGGCGCGCCGGGCGGGGUGUGAGGCUAGCGUGUCGUUUCUCAACCUCCAGGGAGGCCGGGACCUGGGAAGGAAGAAUUGAGGCUUUACGGACAGGCCGAUCCCUUGAACUCUGUGUCGGAAACAGUUCUGCUUCUGGAAAUAAAGUUUUUUAAUCAGAAGAGAGGUCGGGGUGUUGUUUUCAUGGAAAAGGGGCGAACACUUUCAACUCAGAUUUUUUAAAUUGACUGCUGAGGCUGGCCGCGACGCCACCGUCUGCGCUUGGCCGCUGUGGCUGCACGUGACCAGCAGCACCCCCGUCUUCCAGAACUCCAGCGGGAAGGACUCCCCGGGAACGGGGACCCCUUACCUGCCGACAGACAGAUCCCGAGUAUCGUCCCCGGACAUUCUGCUGCUCUGAUGACUUCGCUCUCAGAUCGUGGCAUUAGGAACGGGGGGGCAGGGGUGGCUAGGGACAGUCUAGGGAAACCACACGGAGCCAGAACUUGGCAUCGCCAUCCAUUCCUUUGAUCAUUUCACAGCAUCUCUUCAGCAAGCUUCCUGUGUGGUGAGCUUGCAAAAAUGGCCUCCCUGCCGGGCAGGGCCUCACAGACAGUGACAGUGCGGUGUGACUAAAGGCCGUCCCACGGGCUUGUGCAAAGUGCUGUGGCCCCCAGGAGCCUGGGGAGACUCCUGGAGGAGGGGAGCGGGGAGGACAAUCCCGGCCAAGGGGAGGCAAGCAUGGAGGCCUGCCGGGAAGGAGGGGGCCCCAGGUGGUGAGCAGAGGCAGGUGGUCCCUCUAGAGCGCAGGGGGAGGCGUGGGGAGCAGGAGGGGUCUUCAGCCCACCACACAAGCUGGUGGGGCACCCCAAGGGGUCUCAGGGUGAGGACAGGUCAUUCGUGGGAUCCGUGGGGCGCCCAGGUGGCUCAGUCGGUUAAGCGUCCGACUUCGGCUCAGGUCAAGAUCUCGCAGUUCGGGAGUUCGAGCCCCACGUCGGGCUCUGUGCUGACCGCUCAGAGCCUGGAGCCUGCUUCGGCUUCCGUGUCUCCCUCUCUCUCUGCCCCUUCCCCACUUGUGCUCUGUCUCUCUGAAAAAUGAAUAAAUAUUUGUUAAAAAUUUAGAAUAACUGAGACGUGGAGACGUGGGUCCAGGUGAGAGGUGGGCAGCCUGAGCCAGAUCGGGGAGUAGGAUCUGAAUAGGAUGGGUUGACCUGGAAAAGACAUGGGCUGUGGACACAGACGGACCCUGGCCGGUGAGGCGUCCAGCUCAGGCCCAAAUCCUGCGGCCGAAAAGGCAAUCGACCGUCACAAGCCAGCGUCACAACCCACUUUUCUGGGGGGUGGUGCGGUCCAGGACACGGCGCCCAGGGCAGCCACGCUCACGCCCCCCUGCACGCCUGGCCCAGGCUCCCCCUCACUGGGGGCAUGGCUGCGGCACUUUGUCGACUUUGAUGAAGUACCUUUCUUUUUUUUUUAAUUUUUUUUUUUUUAAUGCUUAUUUACUUUUGAAGGAGAGAGAGACAGAGUAUGAGCAGGAGAGGGGUAGAAGAGAGGGAGACACAGAAUCCGAAGCAGGCUCCAGGCUCUGAGCUGUCAGCACGGAGUCCGGCUCAGGGCUUGAACCCAUGGACGGCGAGAUCACGACCUGAGCCGAAGUCAGACGCUCAACCGACUGAGCCACCCAGGCGCCCCACAAUCCUCAGUGUAUUAAGGAGAGCUCCCGGGACGCUAACUUCUGUUGUAUACUUCUUCUAACUUCUUGAAGCUCUUUCUUCUCCAGGCAUCCCCGUCACCUUACUGGCCUCAUU